GGCGGGAUCCGGGCCCGGCUCGAGCCGAGCGCAGCGUCCCUCCCCGCGGGCUGCGCGGGCGCGGCGGGCGGAGCCAGGCGGAGCGCACGGGCGGCCGGAGCGGGGCACGGCGCGCCGGGGCUGCCGCCAGGGGGAUGCGGCUGCCUCCCCGGGCCGGCGUGUAGAGGGCGGGUCCCCGGCCUCGGGAACGCGGCGGUGGAGGGGGACAGAGGCGGCAGUCAUGGCGACCCCCGGCAACCUGGGGUCCUCCGUCCUCGCGAGCAAGACCAAGACUAAGAAGAAGCACUUCGUGGCGCAGAAAGUGAAGCUCUUUCGGGCCAGCGAUCCGCUGCUCAGCGUCCUGAUGUGGGGAGUAAACCACUCGAUCAAUGAACUGAGCCAUGUUCAGAUCCCUGUUAUGUUGAUGCCAGAUGACUUCAAAGCCUAUUCAAAGAUAAAAGUGGACAAUCACCUCUUUAACAAAGAAAACAUGCCGAGCCAUUUCAAGUUUAAGGAAUACUGCCCAAUGGUUUUUCGUAACCUGCGGGAGAGAUUUGGAAUCGAUGAUCAAGAUUUCCAGAAUUCCCUGACCAGGAGCGCACCCCUUCCCAACGACUCCCAGGCUCGGAGCGGGGCUCGAUUCCACACUUCCUACGACAAAAGGUACAUCAUCAAGACCAUUACUAGUGAAGAUGUGGCCGAAAUGCACAACAUCCUGAAGAAGUACCACCAGUACGUAGUGGAGUGCCAUGGAGUCACACUUCUCCCCCAGUUCUUGGGCAUGUACCGACUGAAUGUGGACGGCGUUGAAAUAUAUGUGAUCGUAACAAGAAACGUGUUCAGCCACCGGUUGUCUGUAUAUAGGAAGUACGACCUAAAGGGUUCCACGGUGGCAAGAGAGGCGAGUGACAAAGAAAAGGCCAAAGAACUGCCAACUUUAAAGGAUAAUGAUUUCAUUAACGAGGGCCAAAAGAUCUAUAUUGACGACAACAACAAAAAGGUGUUCUUGGAAAAACUGAAAAAGGACGUGGAGUUUCUUGCCCAGCUGAAGCUCAUGGACUACAGCCUGCUGGUGGGAAUCCAUGACGUGGAGCGAGCAGAACAGGAGGAGGUGGAGUGCGAGGAGAAUGAGGGGGACGAGGAGGGAGAGAGCGACAGCACACACCCCGUGGGGACCCCUCCCGACAGUCCCGGAAAUACGCUCAACAGCUCCCCUCCCUUGGCUCCUGGAGAGUUUGAUCCCAACAUCGAUGUGUAUGGAAUUAAAUGCCAUGAAAACUCGCCCAGGAAGGAGGUGUACUUUAUGGCAAUUAUCGACAUCCUGACUCAUUAUGAUGCAAAAAAGAAAGCUGCGCAUGCUGCAAAGACUGUUAAACACGGGGCUGGUGCGGAGAUCUCCACCGUGAACCCCGAACAGUAUUCCAAGCGCUUUUUGGACUUUAUCGGCCACAUCUUGACGUAACCUUCUGCCGGGCCAUGGACAGAUGUGGGCUUGGGAAGGACAGAGGUGGCUUCGGUGUAAGAAGAGACAGAAACCAAACUCCGCGAAGCACACCUCCUCGUUUACAUCUUCAGGCCAAGAGGACUGGC